GCGCGUCCGUCACCUGGCAGCCCCCGGCCCGGUCCGGGAGGGAUGCGGAGCGGCGGCGGCGGUGGAGGCGACUGUGGCUUUAAGAGGGGAGCGCGAGCGGAGCCCGGGAUCCGAGCCGGGCCGCCUCCUCCUCCAGCCUCGCAGCAGAGUAGCGCAGAGCAGAGCUGAGCUGAGCCAAGCUGAGCCCUGGCCGGAGCCGGAUUGCCUGGUCAAAGCAGGGCUGCUGACAACGUGCCGCAGACCUCUGCCUGCAAGUGAGUCCUUCCUCCGAAGCCACUGCCAGCGUGUGGAGCCUGCCCCACACCCGCCACCUGCCAAAACCACGGCAUUUACCUGCGUCUUUCGGUGUUUCCCCUGCGACCCAUCCUGUGGGAGCACCUCCUGGGCCACCCCUGAGUUUGGGCAGCAUUCAGCGGCAGCUCCAAUGGUGAAGAUGACAAGGUCCAAGACUUUUCAGGCAUAUCUGCCUUCCUGCCACCGGACCUACAGCUGCAUCCAUUGCAGGGCUCACCUGGCCAACCACGAUGAACUCAUUUCCAAGUCGUUCCAAGGAAGUCAAGGACGAGCUUACCUCUUUAAUUCAGUAGUUAAUGUGGGCUGUGGACCUGCAGAAGAGCGAGUGUUGCUAACGGGGCUACACGCAGUUGCAGACAUCUACUGUGAAAACUGCAAAACCACUCUGGGCUGGAAAUAUGAACAUGCCUUUGAGAGCAGCCAGAAGUAUAAAGAAGGCAAAUACAUCAUUGAACUGGCACACAUGAUCAAGGACAAUGGCUGGGAUUGAAUGGAGGGAGUCCCCCCUACCCAGUGUCUGAAUGAAUGCCAUCCAACUGAACCUUAUAUCCAGGAGGGGAGAGAGUGACUGAAAGCUUGGUUCCAUCCCUUUAGAGGCUUUGGCAUCAGGAGCAUCCUCCCACCCUAUCUCCAUCUUUAUUGGUGACUGGCCUCUAAAUUGCUGUCUCUCUGUUUCUUUGCUUUGUAUCUGUUUGUGAGUUGACCCUGGCUUCUCUCUCUGUUCUAGUGUUGGCUAAAAACAACGGAUGCACCGAGAACUUGGCAGCAUUCUACUUUAAGGAGAGUCCCAGGGACCCCCCUCCCCCAGAGCAGGCAGCCUUAGCUGCCUUGUGUCAGGAUAGCAAUGGGGGCGUGAGAAGGGAAGGGAGCCCUGUGUGUCCUGGGGCAGGGGUGGGCAUGGGAGGGUGGAGGUAGGAACUGCUGCUCCUUAAAAAUCCUGGGAACCUAGGAACCUUGAAACUAUCAAUUUGUCCAAAUGGACAAAAAGAAGAUUUAAAAAAAAAUACCUCAUGAUUGAAUUCUCUUUGAAGCUUCUGUUCCUGACACCCAAUGACGUGCCAGGUCAGCAUGAGAGGAGGGCUUAACUCCUGUGGUUCAUGCAGUUUCAGGGGCAGGAGUCUGAUUGCCCUGGGCUGGUUUGGGGGCACCUUAUGUUAGCAACAGUCAGUGGCUGUGGGGAGCUUGUGAGAGGGUCUCUAUAAUUUGUUCUCUAACUAUCUACCUAUGCUAUACCCACUCCUACUCCAAGUUCUUACUAAUGCUUCCCCAUCAUGGCAAGUAGAGAUCUGCCCUUCACCAAGUAUUCAAGAUCCUGUGCUCCCUGGCAAGUAAAGAGGCCAGCGGCCUUGACCUGCGACCUAGUAAGUCCUGUAGUUGCAGGUACAGCAAGCUGACAGCUCUAAUAUCAGCAAGGAAACCAUAGGAAAGCCAGCAUAGUUAAAACAACUCUAACUGCCUGACCCAUCACCUGACUCAUGUCUCUUAACUGAGCACAAUGGAUGGGAGUUGGAAAGGGGGGAUUUUAGGGGAUGGGAGGGGGAAAGACAUUUCUAGGUAUCGAGACCUCCUCCCUACUUCCCCUGGGAACCUGCUUCCCAGGAACAGGGAUGAUUCACAUCCAGAGUUUGAUUGGCUUUGAUUCCAGCCCCAUCUUUUAAGCUAUGGAAGAGAAAAGCUUUCGGAGAUUAUGGUUAAUGUGUUCUGCAGGCGGAUAUUUCAAGCCCCAGUGUUAUUUCCCUGAAUUUGAAUGGGGAAGAAGCGCAGUCAUUAACCAAAGUGGCCCAGCAGUGGGGACUAAUUCAAUUUGAUGUCAAACUAGUAGUAACAAAUUCUGAUCUUAACCUUUUCUUUUUUGGAGGGUAGAAAGAAGAGGGGACGUACUUCAUGGUAUUAGGCGGAGUUGGAGGGGAAAACCCAAGCCAGCUAGGCUCAGGAGUGAAAAAGCUCUAUCUCGCAUUUAAUCAUUCACACUGUGAUAGCUGUUCUACAGCAGUCCAGCCAGUAUCUGGUGUGUGAUGUGAGUCCCACUCAAACUGAGUUCAUUUCAUUUCUCAGGCCUAAAAUACUCUUUAUUUUUCUGAUGAUCUUGUGUAUCAUUCUCAGCAUCUCAUUUUCCAAGGAGAUUGAACCUGAAAAAACUUGUGUCGGUUGUCACAAGUAAUUAAUUCAGGAGCAUAGGGGAACCUGGGCAUUGGAGUGGGCUCUGAAGGCAGCAGGUCCAGGGAGCCCUCUGGGAUGGAGUCUGUGAUGGAAAGAGAACGUGGCUGUGGGAGGGCUAUGAAGGGGGUGGAAUCUCUGAAUUACUGUCAGGUAGCAAGAAAAAUUCUGAGUCCAGGUGGUUCUGGCUUGGAAGCUCCCACAAAACAGUACUUUUCUGCCUGUUGAUUGGCUGGUAAAGGACUUUUCCCUUACAAAACCUAGUUUUUGGUUCUGUUUAAAAAAAACCAAACCAACCAAAAAAACCUAACAAUAGGGAGGAAAAAAACCCACUGCAAAGUCAUUUGGCCAGUCAGUUCUCAAAACACUCUGGAAGAUGAGUAAGAAGGGAAACUGAGGCAUAGUUAGAUUACUCUGUUGCAGCCUCCUGGAGGAAUAUUCUUUCUGCUUCCCCUAAUCCCCUAGAUUGCAUCAGAAAAUAGCUUAAGUUUUCACAUUCCCAGGCUAGCUUCCCAGCCCUGAAAUAGCUGGAUUCCUACUCCCUCCCUACUGAAGUAUGGGCCCUGGGCCCUUUCCUUUAUAGAUUUGGCCUUCUCCUUAAGGAAAGUUUCACCUGGUUUUUAGAGCUUAAAAUGAAGUGGAAAUUUGGCAGAUUUGACAUGGUAGGAUGCAUGAUGAGUUUGCAGACAAGAUCAGACCCUGGCCCCAUCCCCACUUUUUGCCCUGGGAAAGUUUCCAGUGCUCGCACUGUGAAUGGAGCCUCCUCCUGGUGCUGUGAGUAACCCUUCUGCAGUAUCCCAAAGGUGCGUGGCACCAGCAAUCUGAAGAAAAGACUCAGCAGCAGACUGACCAACCCCCUUCAUUAGGUUUCCGUACACGUUGACUAAACCAUAAGUGCUUCUUACAACUUUAGCUUCAUCCACGGCUUGUUUCAUGUCUAGCAGUAUUGGAGACCACAAACGAGAGCUCAGACCUUAUCAAACUUGUGGACUCAAUUAGUUCUUUCUCUAUUUGAUUUUUUUUUUCCUCUUAAAAUUAUCUACUCAGAGCAUAACCAAAGACCUCAUCCCUAGGCCACUGGUAGGUUCAGCCAACUGGGAGCUGGUGUGGGCAUGGCUCGGAGGGUGGGAGGAGAGAGGAAGGAAGGGAAGGGGGGGAGUUCUUUACCUCAGCCAGCAGCUGCCUUCAUUUGGGACUGAAAAACCGUUAGCAGAAUCUCCAGUUUCAGCUCACUAUGGCUCCACCUUUGGAUUGAGCUGAGACCCUGUGUGCUGGGGCCUGUAGGCUCUGUGGGCUGCCCCUGGCACCAGCCUCAAAGCUGCAUGCCAGUAGCUUGACUUGGUUGGAGCAAAGCAGCUGCAGCCCAGCUUGAUGAACACAGGUGUCCAUCAGGGUACUACAUCCAUACUUAGACAUGGCAAGGUCAGUCUGUGCUGGUAGGAUCAGCGUGCACAAAGGAAGAAUGCCCCUUUCAGCAAAUUUUCAAAGGGUAAUAUAUACAUAGAAGAAAAAAAAACAUUCUCUUGUGAAAUAUACUUUUGUAAAUAAUAUUUAAUUUUUUUAAAUAAUAUAUUUGGUGCUGUUUUCUCAGAGCCCCUGAGAGCACUUUUUAUUUUUGUUUUAAAAUUUUACUGUUUCCUCUGCAUUUUUUGAAGUAUGUUUUAAGGGAAACAUAUAUACUUUUUUUUAAAGUCUGUCAUUUAGUCUGGGGAAGGCAAGAAAGCUUUGCUUUUGCCUUUUCCUGGUAGGAGUGACAUAAUAGUGAAUCAUUAGGUUGAACUGAAAUGUUUUUCUUGCACCAGUAUUGGCUAGAAAAAAAAAUUGAGGUGAAGUGAUGUUAGUUGUGGCUUCAAAGACUUCCUCUCAUUGGAAGGCCUUCAGGUCUAUUGUUUUUAACUGUGCAUUUUUUAAAGAACAUUUUCCAAUGGCUCCUACUUUUCUUUUUACUGGGGACAUUAUGUAAAAGUUUACACACCUCCUGCAACAAGGUUUUUCUUUUCUCCCUCCCCCACCUUUGUGUUGUUGUGGGUUUUUUUUCUAAUUUUGUUUGCACUCUGUCUCUAAGUGGACCAACAGCACAAAGCCAUAGAGAAUGCAUCUUUACCAUGCCAUGUACAGGCAGGGCUGUUUGCAGUGCCGGCUCUCUGGUGCACCCUCCCCUUCUCCUCUGUGGCACAACUUGGAUGAACUACAAAUGAAUUCUGUCAUCCUUGUGGAGAUCUAAGAGUGAAACCUCUUGUAUGUUUUCUCUUUGCUAACAUGAGUGUGUUAAUCGUGUAUUCUGUGGCUCCCAAGUGUUUUAAAAGAAGCCUCAUCAUAAACAGGAACUAGUAUUGGUUGAACAGACAUGAAAUGUACACAUGCCUGUAGGCAAAUGAAUUUGUGAGGUCAGAAUCCCUCAGGGGUCAAGAAGAGGCCUGGGAAAUCAAAUCUUGGAAAACAAUCAACUUAAAUGUUUUUUUAAGUCAGUCCAAAAAUGAAAAAUCACUAUGGGCUGGGGGUGGGGGUUGGGGUGGGGAGGGAGGAAGAGAUAUUUAAUAUGCAAAUUAAAUUGUAUAAAAUAAUCUGUGGCAAGAUAAAGAUACAAAGAAUAAGAUGUAAGCUAUCCUCAACAUUACCAAAUUCUUAAUGCCCCUUAUGAUUUUGUAUAAAAUUUUGGUAAGAAAGUGGGAGCAAAUUCCCUUUUUUUUUUUCCAUUUUGCGGAGACUAUCUUUUCAAUACCAGUCUGUCUAUUGAUGCUUGUGUUUACAAACCAUAUUUGUUGGGUUUUUGGGGGUGGUUUUUUGGGGCAUAUUUUUUCAGGUCACUUUGGUUCAACAACAAAGGCAAUUGUUUUUCAAUAAUUUGUCUUCACCUUUUUUUCCUGUAUCUGUACAUAGUGAUUCAGUAUUAGAAGAAAGUGCAUUGUUUUCUCUCAUUUCCGAUCUGUGUUGGUGCUCAUUUGAGAAAAUAAAGUUUUCAAAUAUUCUGAGA